AUAUUGGUCGGUACCAGCUGCAGGCCAUCCUGGGGGAGCGUCUUCCAUCAGCGCCGAAAUUGACGGCCUCACCCAGGGCUUCCGUACUGGCGUCUUCCUGGUUCCAUACUGGCGAAACGAGCGUUUUCUUCUCUGAGUUAUGCCUCUUGGGUGGUGGCUUAGGUCUAAACAACUUUUGUAGUGAAACCAGUUUGCUAGUUAGCUUUCCGGCUAGCCAACUGACAUCGUUCCGCCGCCUGUGUCUGUGUCUCCUCGGGUGGCAGCCGGAGCAGCCAUGGCUGUAGGCUGGCCGUCUAUCGCCCUCCUGUUCCUGGAGUCCUUGUUCCUCCACAGCGGCAGCUCCUUCAACUUGGAUGCCGAGCGUCCUUCUGUGUACAGCGGCCCCUCGGGGAGCUACUUCGGCUUCUCGGUGGACUUCUUCAAAUCCCCCGACAGCCAACAAUCAGACGUUCUGAUCGGAGCACCCCGGGCUAAUACAUCGUCUCUGGGUGACGUCGUGGAAAGAGGAGCUGUGUACAGCUGCCCCUGGAGGAGCUCAUCUGGCUGCCAGCAGCUCCAUUUCGACUCAUCAGGUGACAGGAAGAAUGCAGCUGGAGCGCAGAUGGAAUUCAAGUCCAAGCAGUGGUUUGGCGCUUCUGUCCGAUCCGAUGGUGUGCGUAUCCUGGCCUGCGCUCCUCUGUACCAAUGGUCGACUUUUGGAGUCUCUGAGCGAGAGCCGGUGGGAACAUGUUACCUGAAGAAAGGAACGAAGGUGGUGGAAUAUUCGCCCUGUAGAUCAGGUGCCACCUCUCCUGAGGGGCAGGGCUUCUGCCAGGCGGGCUUCAGUGCUGACUUCCUCAAGAAAGACAACCGAGUAGUGGUUGGAGGACCUGGAAGCUUCUACUGGCAAGGCCAACUGAUAUCCGAUGAUAUAGCUGAAAUUUUUGCCAGAUUGGACGAAAAUUACAUCACCCAAUAUGACGACACCUUGGCAACCAAGUCAGCCAGUGCCCAGUAUGAUGACAGUUACUUAGGAUAUUCCGUGGCAGUCGGAGACUUCAACAAUGAUGGAAAAGAAGACUAUGUGACCGGUGUUCCGAGGGGGGACAAAGCCCUGGGUUAUGUGAACAUCUUCAAUGGCCACAAAAUGGAGUCCAUGGCAAACUUCACAGGAACUCAGAUGGCUGCCUACUUCGGACACUCUGUGGCUGCGACCGAUGUGAACAAGGACGGUUUGGUUGACCUGCUGGUGGGUGCUCCCCUCUUCAUGGACAGGGGUUCUGAUGGCAAGCUGAGAGAGGUGGGACAGGUGUCUGUUUUCCUGAAUCAGGGUGGAUUUUCCUUCAGCCCUCUGCAGAUGCUCACAGGUUCAGAAGUCUAUGCUAGAUAUGGCUCAUCCAUUGCUGCGCUGGGAGACUUGGACAUGGACGGCUAUAAUGAUGUGGCCAUCUCUGCACCCUAUGGAGGCCCAGACCACAACGGCCUUGUCUACAUACACAAUGGGGGACCUCAGGGACCUGAGCAAACACCCUCCCAGGUCCUGCAAGGUAAAUGGGCGUCCAGCUACAUGCCUGCCAGCUUUGGAUACUCCAUGACUGGAAGCACUGACAUAGACGGCAAUGGGUAUCCAGAUUUACUAGUUGGAGUGUUUGGUGCUGACACAGCAGUUUUAUACAGAGCACGCCCAGUGAUUGGUGUGAACGCUACAUUGGACAUCACCCCUCAGAUCAUCAAUCCAGAGGAGAAGAACUGCACACUUCCUGGUUCCAGCACACCUGUGUCCUGUUUUAAGGUGAAAUACUGUCUGAAGGCAAGUGGCCAAGGACCUCCUUCCUCUUUGUCUUUCCGUGUGGACUUGCUGUUGGAUCGCCUCAAGCUGAAGGAGGCGACCAAGCGUGUCCUCUUCCUGCACGGCGGCACCUUUCAAUACUCCAAGAACAUGACGGUGUCCAAGGGUGGCAGCAUAGCCUGCGAGGAGCAGCAUGUCUUUCUCAGAGAUGACCGUGAGUUUAGAGAUAAGAUCACACCCAUCUCUGUGGUGAUGGAGUACCGUCUUGACUACCAGCUGGCCGCAGAUAAAAACGGACUCUUGCCCAUCCUGGAUGUGUCUGCGCCGCCCAACAUCACCAAACAGGCUCACAUCCUGCUGGACUGUGGCGAAGACAACAUCUGCAAACCUGACCUGAGGCUGUCUGUGAAGAGUGACCGCGAGCAGAUUGCCAUUGGUGACGACAAUGCUCUGACACUGGAGAUCAGUGCUGAGAACCGUGGCGAAGGUGCCUAUGAGGCAGAGCUGCAUGUCUUCCCACCACAACAGGCCGAUUUCACUGGCGUGGUGCGCAGUCAGACACUCAGCCGGCUGUCUUGCGCUUACAAGAAAGAGAACCAGACCAAGAUGGUGGUGUGUGACCUGGGAAACCCCAUGAAGUCGGGAACUAAGGUGCUGGCUGAGCUGCGCUUCAGCGUGCACCAACUCUCCGAUGAGGAUACGGCAGUCCAAUUUGAUCUACAGAUGGUCAGCUCCAACCAAUUCAACAACACCAGCGCACGAGUGUCUAGCAUCACCAAACUGGUUGUUGUGGCCAGAGUUUCCAUACGAGGCACUUCGUCUCCAGGCCAUGUGCUGCUCCCUAUUGCCAACUGGAAACCAAAGGUACCACCUGUCACGGGAGAUGACAUCGGACCACAAAUAGUGCACGUCUACGAGCUCCUGAAUAGCGGCCCCAGUACGUUCAGUAAGGCGGCGCUGGAGGUGGAGUGGCCAUACCACUACAAGAACGGAUCGCUACUCUACAUCACCAGCUUUGACACUGAAGGACCCAUCAACUGCACCACCGACAUGGAGAUCAAUCCACGCAACGUGUCGAGUCCGCUAUCUUCAGCGAAAAACACCAGUGGCGUGGUGCCCAGAGAGCGCGAGGCAGAGGGCCGCAACCGAAAUCACGUCCGCAAGCGAGAUCUAGAAACGAGAGACUCUCAGAACAACGUUCUAACCCUGGACUGCAGCACAGCAAAGUGUCUGAAGCUAAGAUGUGCGGUUGGUCGUCUGGAGAGGAAGAAGAACGCCAUCCUCUUCAUCUACUCCAGACUAGAUGUGAACAACUUCCUCACGGUUGAGAAUCAGAAUCGUUCAUAUGUGAUCCAAUCUACGGCCUCCUUCAGUGUCAUUGAGAUGCCCUACAAGAACCUCGUAUCGGAACUACCGUCCAACAGCACCACUGUUAGCAUGUCUGUGAUGUGGGUAACCGACAUCCCCCAACCGGUACCAGGCUGGGUGGUGGCACUGGCUGUGCUGGCAGGACUUCUGCUGCUGGCGCUGCUCAUCUUCAUCAUGUACAAGUUGGGCUUCUUCAAGAGGGUGCGCCCUCCCCAGGAGGACUGCCUGGAGAAGGAGCAGCUGCAGCCUGAGGAGAACGGCAACACUGACACCUAGUGGUCACGUUGGGCACUGUGCCAGUGCCAGGGAAAAAAAGAUGGGUCUUCAUCAUCGCAGCCAUCAACCAGAACUUUGAUACUGCUCUCACGUACACUCCUCCUUAGCUUAGCACAAAGCCUCAUGCGUGUGAGUGGUAUCAAUCUAGCACUUUUGUCUCCUGCUUGGAAUGGAAUUGACUUGUACGCAAAGUCGCUCAUAUUUACAAGGCUGAAUCAGAAACACUUCCAGUUCAUUUCAACGCGGUUUAUAAUUAUUUUUUACUUUUUAGUUCCAAUCAACGCUUGUGACUGCUAACCCUGAUGAAGCUAGUGUUUUAAAGCACAACUAGCUAAUUAGCCAGCUAGCUGUGGUAGCUCCUAGCUCAGUCUGUGUUUACAGCUAACGUCUCUUUUGUUUGAGGGUUUUUUUAAAACAUCUCUCCAGCUUUCAAAAAUCAGUGUAACCUGGUCGUGGCUAACUAGCUACUGAGGCUAAAGUUUUAGCUUAACAGAUUACAGAGGUUGCUGUAGCGUGCCCGUCUUGACAGAAUACAACAGUUGCGUGCAAUAGUAGGAUUAGCACAGAAGUCAGGAAAUCAACUAAUGCCAAGCAAACUAAAGGUGACUUGGAAGUUCAGGGCUUUGGUGCUUUCCCUUGCCGUGAUGUAUUUUUAAAAUUUUGAUAUCUCAAGAUUACAGACAUGAUUCAAAUUUUUUACAAUUUCUAAUAAAUCUUUACUUUUCCAACUCUGUAAAUCUAAAAACCCAUAUUGGGUUUCCAUCCUGAACAAUAUUUUUUUUAAUAAUUCAUUAAUCAUCGUUCUGCUGUUCUGUUCACCGGGGGUGCCCUUGCCUUGUAAGAUGUAAGCGCCUACCUACUGGUCUACUUCCUGUGACAUAAGCACAGGAGGGUAGCUAGUGAACUGAGUCAUGGCAGAGGUAACUGUCUGCUCUCACCAGAGAGUCAAAGUGGACGAGUGUCACAGUAUGGCGUUCACUUUCACCAGCGAAGUACUAAAAAUGGCAUUUGUGUGUUAUGAUGUAUUCUUUCACGCUUUUGUGAUUUCACCUUUUCAAUGAAAAUAAACGUCAACAAGUUUGUGUGAGGUGUUGACACCACAAAGGACAAAGAAUCGAGAAAUC